AUGGGCUUCGCAACUGGCUUCAUCGGCGGUCUAACCCUCACAACCUCCGCCCUCUACCUCAGCGUCUACAUCCACCGCCAAAACCGGUUAAACCAAUCCCUCUACCUCCGCCAAUCCCGCAUAAUCCUCACGUCUCUAACCGAGCCCCCGCCACCCUCAACUCCGCCGCGCGCUCGGGAAGCAAGGCCGAGUCUUGUCGAGACGGCCAAGGAUCGGUGGAACGGCGAGAUCGAGGGAUUGGUUAAGAGGGUGCAGGAUGUUGACUGGAAUGGGGUGAGGGAGGGGUUGGAGAGGGCGGUGGCGAGGGGGUGGGGGAAGCUGAGGAGUGAGGUUGAGGAGAUAAACGAGAAGAGGCCGGAUAUAGAACCGAGUGAUGAGCUUGAUGUUGGGCUGGAACGCGGUGGGGUGCAGGAUGGGGUUAGGAGGGUGGAGGACGCGGUCGCUAGGGGAUGGGAUAGGGUUGCGGAUGGUGUAAAGGACGCCUCGGAAGUCCGCGGUCGGAGCGCGGAUGACAACGUCGGCUUUGAACGCGGUGGAGUUCAGGACGGAGUGAGGAGGGCGGAGGACACCGUGAAGAGGGGCUGGGGGAGGUUGACGAAUGGUGCCAAAGAAGUCACGGAGUCGAAGGGAUAUGAGGAACCGCGCGAUGAGCUUGAUAUUGGAUUGGAGCGUGGUGGGGAUCCGGGCGGGGUGAAGGAGAUGGAGAAUGCAGUCAAAAGGGGCUGGGAGAAGGUCAAGAACAAUGUGAAGCAUGCCACUGAGUCGGGGGGCGUCCCGGAGCCAGAAGAUGAGUUCGACGUUGGAUUGGAGCGAGGCGGAGUUCAGGAGGGUCCAGGUGACCAAAUGGGGGAUGCGAUUAAGAGAGGAUGGGAGACGGUAAAGACGAACGUGAAAAAGGCCGCUGAGUCUGAGGGCUCCCCAGAACCAAGAGAUGAGUUUGACGUGGGACUGGAACGAGGUGGUGUCCAAGAAGGAGGAAGGGGGAGUGUUGACAGUGCGGUUACCAGAGGGUGGGAGAAGGUCAAGAGCAACGUAAAAAGAGCGGCUGAGUCGGGCGGCGCUCUAGAGCCGAGUGAUGAACGUGAUAUUGGACUGGAACGUGGUGGCGUUCAGGAGGGGCCGAGUGGGCAGAUGGGAGAUGCGCUUGCUAGAGGAUGGCAGAAGGUUAAGAACAACGUGGAGAAGGCCUCGGAAGGGGGUGCCCGUGAGCCGAGCGAUGAACUCGAUAUUGGACUGGAGCGUGGUGGGAUCCAGGAUGAGGCGGAAAGAAAAACGAAGGGGCUGCUGGUUAGAGUAUGGGAGAGGGUCGUCGGCGGUGUCAAGGACGCCUCGGAGUCGGGUGGAAAACCAGAACCGAGCGAUGAACUUGAAGUUGGAUUGGAGCGCGGCGGUGUUGUGGACGAACGUCGAUGA